CUCAGAUCACGUGGACAUCCGUUCAAAUUUUUAGUCAAAGAGCAUCACUGUCAGUCUACUGAGUUCACACUUUUGCAGCGGUUACUUUGAAAGAAACCAUUGGCAAAUUUGAACUGAAUAAUGUGAUUUCCCCAACCAACUACCAUUUUUCCACUCCCUUUGUUCUAGGGCUUCUUUUUCCAGAUAAAAAUGUGGCAAGUUUUGUUGGCCGCAGCGGCGGCAGGAUCUGGGAUUCUAGCCAAGAAACUCAUCAUCGACCACAACGCCCCUAAACCCAUUAGUAGUUCUAAACAAGAUGAUCAUGUAAAUGAAAAAACCUCGUCUUCGCCCAAAGAUUCAAUCUUUACCUGUAAAGAAGGUUGCCCAGAUGACCAAAAUGAGGCUGAGGAUGAGAUAAUGGGUGAUGGGUCGAUCUUCAUGUUUUCCAGUACUCCUUCCAGCUCUGAAAAGGGGUCAAAGAGCUCGAAGAAGAAAAUGGCCGGUGGGACGAAGGGAAAUGUGGAGGGUUUGAAGAGAAAUGAUAAAGGAGAAGAGGAAAAGAAAUGCGGGGUUAUGGGUUGUGGGAAGCAGGGGUGGGUGGUAGAUCAAAGGAAGAGUGGUAAAAGAUUAUACAUUUACCCGAAGAAGAGGAGGACUAGCAAGAAUAUUGCUGGAAAGUGUCAAUCUUGUGCUUCCAAAGGCAACUCACCGUUUACCUGGGGCCUCAGUGUUGGCAUGAUGUACAUGAUGUCAGCUGGGAAAGCUGAAAUCAGUAAGUUGUACAAUUCCAUGGAUGAAACUGCACAAAUCGUCCAAGAAUUGAAAGCGGAACUUUCUAGAAGAAAAAUAUUGCAGAACCAGUUUGAGUCAGCAGGUGCUCAUGCUAAUGUUACCGAGUUGAAUUCUCAGAAUGUUGAUGCUUUUGAAAUAUAUGGGCACCCUAAAGUCGAGGAAGGUGAAUGUGCAAGUAGCGUUCUUACUGAAGAUAGGCAAAUUGAUCCUUUGGGAAUGGAUCAGCUUGAAGCUGAGCUUGAACAGGAAUUAGAGAAACUUCCUUGGAGUUGUGGAAUUGAAGGAAGGAAAGAUAAAUUUGAGGUAAUAAUGGUGCCGGGCAUUUUUUAGACUGUGCCAUUUGUGGUUAGGAUAGUCACUAAUGCCUUCUUCAGUGAUAAUUGUCCCCACUCUUCUAUGAAUUUAACCUUCUCAGGUGAAUGGUACUCAUCAUUUGUUUUCAUGUGCUAUGUUUGCUACUUAAACAAUAUGAAGUCUGCGUUUAUCUAAGGUUGUGGUAUUUUGCUCUUAUGUAGUUUCUAGUUUUGAUUCUCCACUCCCUGGCCUGUUUUCUACUUCUCCAGGCAAAAACAGAAACUUUGUGCUUGGUGGUUCUUAUGAUGGUUCUGUAAUUGUGUGUGAAAAUUGGGCUUUCUCUAUCAAGCAAAAAGGAUAUCUCUGUGGUCUUUCCUAUAUUCAGAAUCUCCAGGUUGCAAAAUCGUAUAAAGUACAUGGCAUUGACUUGGUUUUACUUGUGAUUUUGAAAAUCCAAUGCAUCGUCUUUUGUAGUGUCUAUCUUUUAGCCGAAUAGGCUCCUUAAUUUCUCUUCAU